ACCCGGAAAUGACGUCAUGUUUUGCGGUCGGAGCUUCCCACUGACGAGCAGUGGAGGAGAGGCUACCUUUGGUUAUUUUACCAAUUCAACAUUUAAAUACACUUCCACUGGAAUUGUUAUGCUUUGACUCAACCCCUAACACCUCCUAUUACUGCUAGAGGAGUUUACCGGUGUUUUCAGAGCCUCGUAGCCGCCUGCGAGCACCGGCCUGCAGCAGGAUGUCCCGCCUGGCCUUCCAGACACAGCUGGCCUCCAUCAUGGAGGUCCUCGCUAAUGCAGCAGUGGCGGAGAUCUGUAAGCUGGUGGACGAUGACUAUGCGGUGGUGAGUUUACAGAUGUCGCAGUGUCAGAGGGAGAACAAAGCCCUAAAGAGGAAGCUCCACCUGCUGGAGCUAAAGAUGGCCCGGGGAAACGCCGAGAGGAGGCUCCGGGAGAGCGCCAUGAACAGCAGCCGCUCCAGGGUGCAGAUACACGGCGACAGGCUGCGGGAGUCCUCGCCAUCCUCCGGUGUGUUUGAGAGGCGGAUAGAGGUAGCAGUGUGGCCGGGUAAAGCUGCUGCAGGUCGGCCAAGCGUCAGGCCCGUCCAUUCUGACAGCGUCCAGAGUAAGUCUCCAGACGUGGAGCUGGUGGAGCCAGAGGUGCUGCUGGUGAAGGAGGAGAAAGUGGAGGCCAACUUGCGGCUUGAAGAAGCAGAGGAAAACUCGUUCAUAGGAGAGGACGGCGUGGUGGAGGGUGGAGCUGCAGGACAGGACACACAGUCCACUUCCAGUCAGACGCGGGGGCAGAUCCAGAGCAGCAGGACGAGACACACGGGUAGCAGCAGCCGAGGAGUGGAGGAGGAGGUGGAGCCAGAUGUGGUGCUUGUGAAAGUGGAAGAGGGGGAGCCGGGGAGCCAAAAAGGCUUCAGCAUACAGGAGGGGUUGGUGGAGUCGAGCACAGACGACUACAGAGCUGUUCUGCCGUUUGAGGACAUCACACAAACCACCAAUCAGCUGUCCGACCUGCAGGAGUCUGGGCGGGGCUUCUCAGAGUCUGCAGCAACUCAGUCAAUGGCGGACCCCGGCAGUGUAGCGGCGGUCCAGCUGAGGGUACCGGACACCAUCUCAGCAGCUAACUCCAGAGCACAACAACAGCAGAGAUCCAGCACCAGAACCCCCCCCAGCUCUGAGUACUCUCUGUUUGAGCUGGAGACUUUCUUCACCCGCUGGGCCCCGGACAGUGACUCAGGCAGCAGUGGCCCUUCAUUUCCUUUCCCUGCUGAUGACUCAGCAGAGUGUGACCAGAAUGGAGUUAUUAUAGUAGAGAGUGAAACACAGCCUCAACCUGUGGCAGCACCAGGCGCCGCCCCCUCAGGAGAGAGGAUGGGUGUGUGGCAGAGUUCCUCCUCCAAUCACAUCCAGCCGUCUGUGUCACACGGCCCGUCAGCAGAGACUUCUGCAUCCACACCUCUGAGGGUGAAAGCUCCAUUGUCCCAGCCACCGUGGAGCAGGAAAGCAGUCCUGAUCAGAGGAGCGCAGUCUGAGCUGCAGCAGCAUGGGGACAGCAGCAGAGCCUCUCAGCAGCAGCACAGCCUUCCCUCUGCACAGACCUCAGCUGCGGUCAGUAACACAAAGAUCUCCUCUAUCAGCUCCACAAGUAGGACUAUGAGCUCCACAGUGGCUCCAUAUGUCAGGAGGUUUUUGGGCAGAAAAGAGGUGCCCAGCGCGGAAGAGCAUCGAGUCAGCCUCCUGGCUCACCACAAUAUAAGCCAGGCUCCCGGUAUUUUGCUCAGUGAGCAUCGCAAGAAGGGCUACGUCUGCAGAGCCUGCGGUAAAGCGUUCACGGGCUUAUCCAAUCUGGAGGCCCACGAGAGAGUCCACACAGGGGAGAAACCAUACCGCUGCGACACCUGCGGGAAACGCUUCUCCGAGGCCGGGAACCUGAAGAAGCACCAGAGAGUUCACACUGGGGAGAAACCCUUCAGCUGCCAGCAGUGUGGGAAGAGGUUCGCCUGGAUCUGCAAUCUGAGAACACACCAGCAGUCUGCCACAGGCUGCGGCCUCCAAGCAGGGGGACGGCUGGGCCUGGGCUGAUCCCUUUGCACUGUGGGGGACCGGAGUAAUGCUAGUGUUAUUUAAUUCACACAUACAGACACAAAUUGCAAUUCAUUCAUUCUUAAAAGGGGAUGUUGCAACAAAACAAAGAGUGUUAUGUCUUUUAUAAAUUUCAGAUGUUUUGUCUAUGAUAAAAUAUUGUUUAACUAUUAGCCCUCCAUUCAGGUAAAGUGAGGAUUGAUUUGAAGGACAUCAAUGCAAUACCACGCAAAAAUUAGCCAACUUAUACAACAAAUGCAUUAUAUCUUAGCUUUUUUAGUGUCUACAUGUGGAUUUUCAUGCUUUACAAAGUAUCUGACACUGCCUGGAUGUUGAUGAAAGCAAAUUAAAAUAUUCAGCUGACUUUGUCAUACCAUUUUGGAAAGUUCUUCGGAUAUUAUUCAUACUUUACUUGUGUUCAAUAAGUUAAAGUGUUAUGUGCUCGUCUUUUAUCUUGUUCUCAAAAACUCCCAGGUUUUAUGACUCCAGUGUGUAGAAUGAAAUGACGAAUGGUAAUAUAACUGUUCAGCACAUUUGUAAACAGUAAAUAAGCACACAGUGAUGUAGUGAUGCAUUCCAGGUGCUACUUCAAGACGAUAUUGUCUUAUUUUUGUAACUAUGCGUCCCACAUGAGCCUUAGUCCGUGCCUGGAUUUAGGAAACACUGUUUGAAAUGACUUGCCGUGCAAACACAGGUUAGUACGUUUUGAGAUGUUCCAAUAACGUAUGAAACAUCCUCACCCUUCAUGUUGAGUUCUACCAGCCUACAAUGUUGAGAUGAUGUUUUGAUGGCCAUUAAUGGUCACAUGCAAUAAAGUAAACAAUACAUGA